AUGAUAUUUAAUUUAACUGUAUAUCCAUUGCAGAAACCUAUUGGAGUGCUGACAACUACCGCUGGCAAACCGGUGGAGGUGCGAGAGACAGUUACUCUCAACACAGAUUUCUUCAACAAUCAGUUUUUCUGGGACCUGCAGUCUGCUUCCGAACAUGAGCGUAUCCCGGAGCGCUCGGUGCACGCGCGAGGCACGGGCGCCUUCGGCUACUUUGAAGUUACUAACGACGUCUCCAAAUACACCAAAGCGGAUGUCUUUAAUGGCAUUGGAAAGAGAACCCCCGUCGUCGUCCGAUUCUCCUAUCUAGUCCAAAAUCGCGGAGGCUUAGAUAUAGUCAGAGAAACGGGAGCUUUAACAUCCAAAUUUUACACAAACGAGGGCAAUUUAGAUUUUCUGGCCAUAUCGAUCCCAGUUUUCCUCUAUAAUUCUCCACAUUUAUUUAGUCCGGUGGCUCAUGCUUUCAAAAGAAACCCUAAGACACACAUUGUCGAUUCUACAGCUCGUCUGGACGUCGUCACUCUUACGCCUGAAACCCUCCACCAGAUAUUGUGGCUGUUAUCAGAUUUCGGUAUAUUUUAUGGCUACAGGAAAAUGAACGCAUUUCCUGUCCACGCAUACGAGAUCGUAAACAAACACGGCGACAGCUAUUACGUGAGAUUUAAUUUCAUAACUGAACAGGGUCUGGAGCUACUAACCGAUCGAGCUGCCAUGGCUUUUAGAGCUUAUGACCCAGACUACGCCACCAGAGAACUUUAUGAUGCAAUAGCCGCAGGAAACUACCCCUCUUGGAGACUAGAUAUGGACAUCAUUCCGAAGUCCCACAUUCCUAGGCUUAAUUACAAUCCUUUCGACAUGAGCGCUUUAUGGAGGAAUGGAACAUACCAUACGGUAACUAUCGGACGCUUAGUUUUAGACAGAAACCCUGAGAACAACUUUAAGGAUGUCGAACAAAUGGCCUUUAAUCCCGGAAAUUUGGUGCCCGGAAUACCAGGACCCGUUGAUGAUGCGUUCAAAGUGCGAAGAUUCUCCUACCGAGAUGCUCAAACUUACCGGUUAGGUAUCAACCAUAAUAAUAUUGAACGCAAUCAUCCGAAGUAUAGGAAGACCUACAACCGAGAUGGCUUGCCGCCAGUGCUAGAUAAUAUGAAAGAUGCGCCGAAUUACUAUCAGAACUCUUUCAAUGGCCCAGUUCCGUAUGUGGACGUAGCGAAGCCUAAAGAGAUGGUAUCGCCUAAGUUCAAACAGUCGAUAGAUCUUGGAGAGUCUUCUUAUUUCUACAACACUUUUAUUAAUACAGAAGGUAAGAGAAACAGGAUGGCAUUAUACAUAGCCACCAUAAUGGUGAAUGCGAUUGAAGAAACGCAAAAGAAAUGGCUCGAGCUCAUGUACCUCGUAGACCGAGACUUGGGCUCGCGCGUCGCGGCCGCGCUGCCGAUCGCUGAGGCGCAGAAGCUUUUGGGAUUCCCAAAGCUCGUAUUAGUUGAAGAGAAUCCUAAAACAUAUGAUUUAGCACCUAUGUGCCAAUAGUUACAGGAAA